AUGGCGACUGGUAGUGGUGGUGUGCCAACAGAGGCUCAACUAAUUUUGGCAUCUGUGCAGGCAGCGCAGGCUGCUUCUGACACUGCAGUGACCUUACGCGAGGCCUCAAAGAACAGACCAGGUUACAGUUCAAAUUUGAAUGACGUGGAGGAGCGCACAGAGUUGCCCGUGACGUUUUCUGAGACGCCUGAGGGUUUCGCCAUCACAAACAUGUCAUUCAAGUUGUAUGCAAUUUCAGCUGGAAUUUUGAAGAGCCGGCCUUUAAGGCUUUUGAGGCAGAGACCCAAUUCAAACGGCCUUCAGGUUUGGAGGCAGCUGCGCAGCCUUUAUGCACCAAAGACAAAGGUGAGAAGCAUGGCAAUCCUUUCAGCCAUCAUGGGCCAUCCUGCGUUUACAAAGCCGUUGGGUGAUGAGCACGACAAGAUUGCAGGUGUGAACAUUGCUGAAGACAUUUUGCUGACCACAUUUGUACGGUGUUUGCCACACCACGUUCAGCAGCACAUUCAACUGGGCACCAGCAGGUUCGAGACCGUGUGA